GCGGCGGCGGCGGCGGCCGUGGCCCGGAGGCCUGGGACGGAAUCAGCGUCGACGGUGGUGGCAGCAGCGGCGGCGGCGGCGGCUGCCGCGGCGGUGGCGGCGGCCGCUGGGACUCGGAGCUGAGAGGAGCUGCGGCUCGGACCAGCGCGGUUAUAUUUCACACUAUGUGCUGACUGUAUCUACAGAAGAUAUUUAAAAAAAAGAGAUAAACUUUUUUCAAAAAUUUUGAUUCCAGUGGAAUCUUUGCUUUAGAUUUGUGUGUGUUAGUAAAUUGCAACUCUAGAAGCGAUGCCUGUGCAAGCUCCGCAAUGGACGGAUUUCCUCUCCUGCCCAAUUUGCACUCAGACCUUCGACGAGACGAUCCGAAAGCCCAUCAGCUUGGGCUGUGGCCACACUGUCUGCAAGAUGUGCCUGAAUAAGCUCCAUCGCAAGGCUUGUCCAUUUGACCAGACCACUAUCAAUACAGACAUUGAGCUCCUCCCCGUGAACUCAGCAUUGCUGCAGCUAGUGGGUGCUCAGGUCCCUGAGCAGCAGCCAAUUACUUUGUGUAGUGGGGUUGAAGAUACAAAGCAUUAUGAAGAAGCCAAGAAAUGUGUAGAAGAGUUAGCAUUGUACCUGAAACCACUCAGCAGUGCUAGAGGAGUGGGUUUGAAUAGCACGACUCAGAGUGUUCUGAGUCGCCCGAUGCAGAGGAAGCUUGUGACUCUGGUCCACUGCCAACUAGUGGAAGAAGAAGGCAGGAUCCGUGCCAUGAGAGCAGCUCGAUCUUUAGGGGAACGAACAGUGACAGAGCUCAUUCUCCAGCACCAGAAUCCGCAGCAACUCUCUUCUAAUCUUUGGGCAGCAGUUAGGGCCAGAGGCUGCCAGUUCCUUGGACCAGCAAUGCAGGAGGAAGCUCUAAAACUGGUUCUGCUGGCCUUAGAAGAUGGUUCUGCUUUGUCAAGAAAAGUAUUGGUUCUCUUUGUGGUACAAAGGUUGGAACCACGGUUUCCUCAAGCUUCUAAAACCAGCAUUGGACAUGUUGUUCAGCUCCUUUAUAGAGCCUCCUGCUUCAAGGUCACGAAACGUGAUGAAGAUUCUUCCUUGAUGCAGCUGAAAGAAGAAUUUAGAACUUAUGAAGCUCUUCGGCGAGAACAUGACUCCCAAAUAGUGCAGAUUGCUAUGGAAGCAGGCUUACGUAUUGCACCAGACCAGUGGUCCUCUUUGCUUUAUGGAGACCAGUCUCACAAGUCUCACAUGCAGUCCAUUAUUGAUAAGUUGCAGACCCCAGCCUCUUUUGCACAGAGUGUUCAGGAACUAACAAUUGCUCUGCAGCGGACUGGAGACCCAGCAAACUUGAACCGACUAAGACCCCAUUUGGAGCUGUUGGCAAACAUUGACCCUAGUCCAGAUGCUCCUCCUCCUACUUGGGAACAGCUAGAAAAUGGGUUGGUUGCUGUACGUACAGUGGUACAUGGGCUGGUUGAUUAUAUUCAGAACCAUAGCAAAAAAGGAGCAGACCAACAACAGCCUCCACAGCAUAGCAAAUAUAAAACAUAUAUGUGUCGGGAUAUGAAGCAGAGAGGAGGAUGCCCUCGUGGGGCCAGCUGUACAUUUGCACACUCACAGGAGGAACUGGAAAAAUUUCGGAAAAUGAACAAACGCCUGGUUCCCCGGAGACCACUGAGUGCCUCCUUGGGCCAGCUUAAUGAGGUGGGCCUGCCUCCGGCGGCUCUCCUUCCAGAUGAAGCAGCAGUGGACCUGCCCAGCAGGAAACCCCCUGCUCUGCCGAAUGGAGUUGGGUCAGCGGGGAGUGCAGUGACGCAGCUGAUCCCUCGGGGCACGGAGCCCAGCUACGACUCCGGUCUGCAGCCGGCGAAGACGGAUCAUCUGAGCAGCAGUGCUCCAGGAUCCCCUCCUGACCUGCUAGAAUCUGUCCCUAAGAGUAUUUCCGCCUUACCUGUGAAUCCACAUCCUGUACCUCCAAGGGGGCCAGCGGAUCUGCCUCCUAUGCCUGUCACCAAACCUCUUCAGAUGGUCCCACGAGGUUCUCAGUUGUAUCCAGCACAGCAGGCAGAUGUUUAUUACCAGGACCCUCGAGGAGCUGCUCCGCCGUUUGAACCAGCACCUUACCAGCAGGGUAUGUACUACACUGCACCUCCACAGUGUGUGUCCCGCUUUGUCCGACCUCCACCGUCUGCUCCUGAACCUGGUCCUCCGUACUUGGAUCAUUAUCCGCCCUAUCUCCAAGAUCGUGUAGUAAACUCUCAGUAUGGCACACAGCCGCAACAGUACCCACCUAUGUACCCACCUCACUAUGACGGCCGUCGAGUUUACCCCGCUCAGUCUUACACAAGAGAAGAGAUUUUCCGAGAAAGCCCUAUACCCAUUGAGAUUCCACCUGCAGCAGUACCAUCCUAUGUACCAGAAUCCAGAGAAAGAUACCAACAGAUGGAGGGUUACUAUCCAGUGACUCCUCAUCCAACUCAGAUCAGAGCUUCGUACCCUAGAGAACCUCCUUACAGCCGGCUUCCUCCACCUCCGCAGCCCCAUCCUAGUCUAGAUGAGCUCCAUCGCCGCCGAAAGGAAAUAAUGGCCCAGUUAGAGGAAAGAAAGGUUAUAUCUCCACCUCCUUUCGCACCUUCACCAACACUGCCUCCUACCUUUCAUCAAGAGGAAUUUUUGGAUGAAGACUUGAAGGUAGCUGGGAAAUAUAAAGGAAAUGAUUAUAGCCAAUAUUCUCCCUGGUCAUGUGAUACCAUCGGCUCCUACAUUGGAACCAAAGAUGCCAAACCCAAAGAUGUUGUGGCAGCAGGGAGUGUGGAAGUGAUGAAUGUGGAAAGUAAAGGAAUGAGAGAUCAACGAUUAGAUCUUCAGAGAAGAGCAGCGGAAACCAGUGAUGACGACCUUAUUCCAUUUGGAGACCGACCAACAGUAUCUCGGUUUGGUGCCAUCUCUCGAACUUCUAAAACAAUUUAUCAAGGUGCUGGCCCCAUGCAGGCUAUGGCACCUCAGGGAGCUCCCACAAAAUCCAUUAACAUUUCAGAUUACAGUCCGUAUGGAACCCACGGUGGCUGGGGAGGUUCUCCAUACUCACCUCAUCAAAACAUACCUUCUCAGGGACACUUCAGUGAGAGGGAAAGAAUGCCUAUGUCGGAAGUAGCCAGUCAUGGAAAAGCCCUUCCAUCUGCAGAUCGAGAACAGCUACGACUAGAACUGCAGCAACUGAAUCAUCAGAUUAACCAGCAGACCCAGCUGCGUGGACUAGAGGCUGUUAGUAACAGGCUGCUGUUGCAGAGGGAGGCGAACACCCUGGCAGGCCAGCCACAGCCCCCACCGCCACCUCCAAAAUGGCCUGGAAUGAUCUCAAGUGAGCAGCUGAGCUUGGAACUACACCAAGUGGAAAGGGAAAUAGGGAAGAGAACCCGGGAACUGAGUAUGGAAAACCAGUGUUCCCUGGACAUGAAAAGCAAAUUGAACCCAAGUAAGCAAGCAGAAAAUGGACAACCAGAACCACAAACCAAGGUUCCAGCUGAGGACCUCACAUUGACAUUCAGUGAUGUUCCAAAUGGAUCGGCCUCGACUCAAGAGAACGUCAGCCUCCUGUCCAACAAGACCAGCUCUCUGAGCCUGUCAGAGGACCCUGAGGGAGGAGGCAGUAAUGACUCCCAGAGACCCGGAGUUCCGCCCAGUUCCGCUCCCUGACACAUGAGGAAUUCUCUGUGUGUCUUCUGCAAGUGGUCAGAGAAGCCCAGGAAAAGUACCGGAGGCAAUGUGCACAAAUACCACUACUAAAACAACCCUGCACAUAGUUCACAUAAAUGCAUUUUUUAAUUUAAAGAAAAAGAAAAUUAGCAGUAUCUGCAAGCAAUUCAGAUUAAAUUUGUUUUUGUUCUGUGAAUGAACUUUAUUUUAAUAACUUUGGACGCCUUGGAUCCAGGGCUUUAAAAAAAAGAAGAUAUUAUAUAUACACUCUGUUUGAUUAAUUGUAUGAUCUUAAUGAAGUAGGUUUUUCUUGUAUUUUGGUAUUAUUACAUACCCAGUGUAUAAUUCCUUGCCCCCAACCCUUUCCAACUCUCAUCUCCCAUAAACUAAAGUAGACAAAAAGCACUGGUCUUUGAGAAUUCUGUGGUGCUUGUGAAACAAAGAGGCAGUAAUAGACCGAGUUAUUAGAAAAUGUGCAGCAAACCAACUUCUCUCGAAGCUCUUAUUUCAAAUUCCCCUUCCUGGAUCACUAGCUUCAUGAAUAUUUCUCUUAUGAUACUGAAAAUUUUGAGUUUGGGAACAUUGUAUUUCUUGUUUCUGUUUAUCAGAUACUUAAUAAUUAUCAGGUCCUUGAUUUCCAUACUGAAGAUCCUUUGCAUUAGUGUAAUAGAAAGCCAAUUGAGUGUUUGGAUUGUAUGGUUAGAUUUAAGCAGAAAUUGCUUCAAGGAUGAACUAAUUUACUAGCAGCAAAAAUACACAGUUAGUGUAUUGUCUUCAUUGAGCUCAUGGUUGGAAAUUUGGAGCUGUGCUUUCUAAGUUAAACUUAGGUUGAAAUCAUAGAAUGUUCAAAAACCAGAAUAGUCAUUCAUAUUUUAAAAUUGUAACACUUGAUUUGAAUUUAAAAUAAACAGAGGCACAUUAUUUCAGUGGAUGUUUCUCUUGACUCUCAAAACGGAGAAGUAUAAAAUAAAAAUCUUUAUGCAGCGGAGCCUGUCGGGCCUGCAGAGAAAUUUGGCAAACAUGCACGGCCCGAGUCUUGCAAUGAGAUGUUACGAAUUACUCAGCAGUCGCUUGUUGCUGCUCAGAGUCAUUAGCAUAAUGGGUAGUAAGUACCUUGAAGUCCGUUUUCAUAAUCUUGGCUUUUCAGUAUUGAGAAAUUUCUUCAUGAAAAUGUUGAAAAGAGUAAGGAAGGAUGUUUCUGUUAUUUAAUUCUGCUGCACAUAUUCUGAUGCCAGGAGUCUAUACUCAACUAAGCCCCCAUGAAACAUGUUUAGUGGGGGUUGUUUCAUAUUGUCACCCUCUCCAUCCUUGUGUUUGCCUGAUUGUUUCAGUUUCCUUUUCUGGAUUAUACUGCCAAAUCAGAAAGCACUGGUUAUGUAAUAAGUUACUGCAUUGCUUUGGUUGGGUAAAAGCAGAAGUUUGUAUUUUGUUGUUUCUUAUUUUCUUAACCCUUAACUCCUGCUGAGGUCAUAACAGCCUCAGUCUAAGCUCUGUGUCCACCAUACUGUUAACUGAAACAAAUAGGGGGGUGGGAAGGGUAAUACAGUCCUGCCAUUGCCUACCAGUAGGAGAGUCCAAACAGAACACUCUUUUGAGUAGCGAUUAUUUAAUUUGCCCAGUCAAGGCACCGUGUUAAUAUACUAUUUCACAUUGAAUUUGAUUAUGCCCUACAGACCUGGCUGGUCAAGGAUUUGAUAUACACAUAUUGGCUUGGGAUUCGAGCUUUCUUUUUUAUUUAAAUAAAAUUUUAUAUAUAUUAUAUAUAUACAUAUAUACAUAGCUAUAUCUGUAUAUAUAUUAGGUAUGUUUUAAGGAUUUCUUCGCAUGAGCGCAGCUGUUGCGGUAAAAUGACUGAUUGGGAGGUAGAAGCACUGACUGAAGGUGAGGCAUUUUCCAGUUGAUAUGUCCAGUUUCCUUGUUUAAUGUACAUUUGCCCUUUUUUUUUUGUCUUUUUUGAUUUUUACUUAAAACCCUCCUGUAUUUACAUUUUAAAUUCUUAUUAUUUAUUGGGAGAAGGAAAGGAACUUUUGUGUGUCUCACGGAGUCCCAGGAUUUUUCAUUUCUCAGCAUAAAAAAUAACCUUAGUGGCCUCCAACCUUCUGUAGGCAUGCUUAGGCAGAUCUCAAUUCUCCAGUGCCCAUGGAGAUAAUUCCUACAUUUCAGAAGGAAUUGGUCCUUGUUGGAAUUCAGAAUGAUUCUGGCUUUGGAAGAUAAUUUAUGGCUAUUAAUGUUGAAGUCCAGAAUAAAAAUAAAUCCCUACUUGGGGUGUCUGUUGACAUCCCCAGUGACUCAGUUUCUGUUAUUUUUGUUCUUCCUUCCUCAGACGCACUUCCUGCUUUUGCCAUUUUGAUUUUGUUGGCCAUGGAGAGACAGAGAUUGAUUUACAGAUUAUUCCUAUUCUGAACAAAACCAGAAAAACUAAUGUUUGGAUUUGAUUUAAAAUAGGUGUCUUUCUCAUUGUCAUGUAUUUUCAUUCGGUUUUUUAUUUUUAAAGCCUCCUACAUUGUAGCCUGAAUUCCAGCUAUCCCCUGUUAAAGUUCUGUUCUCCUGAUGUCUGCCUGGGUAGAAAGGCAGGAGGAUGGUAUGCUGUCCUCCUGUGCCUGUAACCUGUACUUGGCACUGGUCAUUCUGCCUAACCUAACAGAGUUUCUUGCAAGUUUCCUGAUGACCUCCAGCAGGUUUAGUAAUUCACAAAACCCCCUGCAGUGUGGGUUUCCCGGUCUCCUUUGCUCUGUGGUAUACUUGGUAUAGGACGAGCCCAGACGAAUAAGUGGCCUGAUCAGGCAUAGCUGUUUGCCUCUUUAACUGCCUUUUUUUUUUUUUUUUUAAUCAGAAUCGGAAAGGCAUUAAUUUUUUGACUUUUUAAUUUUAUUUUUUCUUUAUGGAACAGUUAAGAGAUGAAGCCAAUCAUAUAGGAAGUACAGUUUUUAUGCUUUCUACUUAUUAAAAUAUUAGUUUCUUCUGAUGAUGGCUUUGCUUUUCACUGAAUUCAAAAGGAAGAUUUAGACAUUUUAAAUGAACAGCUUUGAAAGGGUUAAGGUAGGAAUAAUAAGCAUUGUAUUCACUCUUAUUUAGAUAACAAAACCAAAUUAUUAGAGUGAGGGAAUACAAAGUACUUUGACAUAUUCUUUUCAAGAAGUCUCUGAAAGGGAUAGAAAAUUGAAGAUAAGACUUCUAGAUUCAACUUCCUGGCAUAUUAAAAAAAAAAAUUCUGAUUAAAAUAAAAUAUCCUUACUUGGAUAAUUUACUGAAGCUGAAGGGACCAAAGAUACAUUCUUUACUACUUUUCUAUUUAAAAGUUAAUUUGACAUAGGUUUCUAGUAAUCAUAUUCAAAUUGUAAGACGCUGUUCCUAAUGCCAACCACAGAUGUUCAGCUAUCCAGAGUGUAUAAAACAGGAUUGAUACAGGUGAUUCCCUUCUCCCAUCUCAUCUCACUUUCCCUCUCCUGUUCUUUCCAUUUACUUACUCUUUUGCCUGAAAGAUAAAAUCGGCAGGAUUCUCUUUUGCUACUUUGAAUCUGUAACUCCAUUAGACUCUAUUGGUCUUAGGGUUGGAGGUCAGAGUGAGUUGUCUUCUCUGUUUUCCUGUCUCUUUUUCCAUUCUGCAAUCUCCCCUUGACUUACCCACUGUCCUCCCCAAUCUGCAACAGUGACAGUUUGCUGCCUCAAAACAGAGCAUUCAAAUGAAUUCGCUUAGCCAAUAACUUCUAUGAAGUUGCCUUUUCUAAUGGUGUUAUUACUCAGUGAUGCACAAAUGUGGUAUUUGCCCUACUGGUAGGCAAACAAAGGUCUGAUUAAGAUUGGUAACCUGCUGUUUUCUUUAAAGGAGAGCCAAAGACUUGUGCUUUACUCUGUUUUGGUUUUGGGGAAAGUAAUAGCCAUUUUGAUUUUGAAACCUUUUAGUAUUUGUGAGUUGAUUGUAUUGUUUAAGUAGAUUGAUCCAAAGUUAACUGUUAAAGUUAGCUGACCUUAUUAAAUAUAAAAGUAAUGAAAAUUCAUCA